GGUGGCGCGCAUGCGCGGGCGGACCGCCGCCGCCGCUCCCGUCGGCCUGUGCCUCCCGCCGGGCGUCGGUGGCGGAGCGAGCCCGCCCCGGGCCGCGCGCGGCCAUGCCUAGCGAGGCGGGUGUCGGGCAGCGCGUCGCGGCUCUUCUCCGCUCUCCGGCCUCGCCUGCGGCGCUGGGUAACGGCGACAGAAGCAAGAGAGGGAAUAUAUGAAGGAGGAGGUGGAGGAGUGUGCUGAAGAUGAGGCGACUGAAUCGGAAGAAGACCUUGAAUUUGAUGAAAGAAUUGGAUGCCUUUCCAAAGGUUCCAGAAAGCUAUGUGGAGACUUCAGCGAGCGGAGGCACAGUUUCUCUGAUAGCAUUUACGACAAUAGCUUUCCUGACUGUAAUGGAGUUCAUGGUGUACCGGGACACAUGGAUGAAAUAUGAAUAUGAAGUAGACAAGGAUUUUACUAGUAAGUUAAGAAUCAAUAUUGAUAUUACAGUUGCCAUGAGGUGUCAAUAUGUGGGGGCUGAUGUUCUGGAUUUAGCAGAAACAAUGGUCGCCUCUGCAGAUGGGCUAAUCUAUGAACCAGUAGUAUUUGAUCUCAGCCCACAACAAAAAGAAUGGCAAAGGAUGCUGCAGCUAAUUCAGAGUAGGCUGCAGGAAGAGCACUCUCUUCAAGAUGUGAUAUUCAAAAGUGCUUUUAAAAGUGCUUCUACAGCACUGCCACCACGGGAAGAUAAUUCAUUACAGUCUCCAGAUGCAUGCAGAAUUCACGGUCAUCUCUAUGUCAAUAAAGUGGCAGGGAACUUUCACAUAACUGUGGGCAAGGCAAUACCACAUCCUCGAGGCCAUGCACACUUGGCAGCCCUUGUAAGCCACGAGUCGUAUAACUUCUCUCAUAGAAUAGAUCAUUUGUCAUUUGGAGAACUUAUUCCAGGAAUUAUUAAUCCUUUGGAUGGAACAGAAAAAAUAGCAUCAGAUCACAACCAGAUGUUCCAAUAUUUUAUCACAGUUGUGCCAACCAAACUCCAUACGCAUAAAAUUUCAGCAGAAACUCAUCAAUUUUCAGUGACAGAAAGGGAAAGAGUAAUUAACCAUGCAGCUGGCAGCCAUGGGGUGUCAGGAAUAUUCAUGAAAUAUGACAUCAGUUCACUUAUGGUGACGGUGACAGAAGAACACAUGCCUUUUUGGCAGUUCUUAGUGAGGCUCUGUGGCAUUAUUGGAGGAAUUUUUUCAACUACAGGAAUUUUACAUGGCUUUGGCAGAUUUGUAGCAGAAGUUAUUUUUUGCCGUUUCAGACUGCGCUCUUACAAAUCUACAUCAGUCCCACUUCCUGAUGGCCACACAAGCAACCACUUACCUCUAAUUACAGACAAUAGUACGCAUUAGCCUCCUGAGAAAACUUUCUUUCUUCCUGCCUGAUACAGAAGACAUUUUUUAUAAUAAAGCAAGCAUUGUGCAAUAUGCUGAGACAGUGCUGAUAUGCAGCAAAAUGUGAAGCCUUUACAAAAAAACAAAACAAAAGAACUUGUGUAAUUUUUUUGUCUUUCUGAGUGCACGUGGAGUUGUAGGAGGUUGUGAGACCAGGAAGGUGGACCAUCUUCUGGAGAUUGCAGGAGCGUUGCUGCCAAUACAGUAUUCAUGGUCGAGCUGAAUAUCUUUGUGACGACUGCCGCUGACCACUGAAGCAUCUUAGUGAUCUUGGUUCUGUGCUGGGAAGGCUAGCAGCCCCCAAUGCAAGUGGGAUGUGUGGAAAGGCCGGGCGGCGGGCAAGGAGGGGCCGUGAUAGAGCUGAGGUUUCUCUUAGGUGUACAAACUGGUCUUUGGGUUUUCUCAUUCUUUUGUAGUGGUGGGGCUGGGGGCUAAGAUGCUAUUCUUGCAGGUGGGGAGUGAUCCUAGAAAAUCCUGGAGACGAGGGGGAUGAGAGAGAGCUCAGGGAGUAAGUUGGAGCCCAAUCCAUAAUGUUGGUCGUAGCUGCUGCCUUUCUGUAGUCCCCACCAUUCCUUAGUGAGAGAAACGUAAUGUGUAGCAGAGGAGUUCCUCUGUGUUUUUGCCCAGCUGCUUUGCCAACAGAGAGAAGAUCGCUUCUGGUAUUGAUGUGGAAGUGCCCAAGGACACUGAGAAUGGGCUCUCGUGUGCACAGUGUUUUGACUUGGAAUAAGAAGACUUUUAAAUAAGGCAUUUGACUGUAGUUUUGCUAAAAGGGCAACACUCCCUAGCAAAAGAUCACGAAAUCUUUGUAUGCCUCUUUAAUGCUUUGAUAGAACCUUCAUUGUACCCCUGCUGCUAGUAGGUAAGCCAUAGUAUGUAUAUCCUGGAGAUGGGGAGGAGAAAGCAAGAAGCUGCCUUGCUUUGGUUCGGCUGAGUACUGCAGAAACGUGGAAUUCAGGGCAGCUGGGAGGUCUGCUAGCCCAGACAGGGAGCGGUGGAGUUGGUAGUAGUUGACUUCAGGGAAAAAUCAUUUUGCUGCAGACAGGUGAUGAGAAGGGAUCUGCAGGAUUAAUCCUUAUUGUUCAUGAAGGUUUUUGUAAAAUGAAGAGAGCAAUAUCAGUUUUAUAUUGUAAAUAUGCUACUGAGUAUGAAUGUUAUUAAUGCAGGUGGUGCUUUGAGAAACUAAACAUCCUCUUACUGCUGAACUACUGGGAUACACCUGUGGUUAAACAGUUACUCCACCAAGGUAAAAAAUUAAUAAUAUGAUUCCUUCUCAGCAAAACUGAUUCAAUAAUGUAUUAGGAGGUGAUGCUGAGCCUGGCCUUACUCACCAUGGAAUGAAUAUUAUAAUUGAGAGGACUAAUUAUGGAAAAAUAAAAAUCUGUGGCAUUGUCAGAUGUUGCUGACUUCUGCUAAUGUACUUUGCAGGACGCUUGGAUCUUGAUGAUGAGCACAAUAUAAAUAAUAUAGCUGAUUUGUGAUACAAAGCCGAGGGCUUCUUAACUGAGAAAUUAUAUGAACUAGGAAAUAAAAAGUGGGAAAUGAGGAAGGACGUUUGUUCAGUUCAGCUGUUGAGAAAGACAAAUUCAAGCAAGCCAGGUCCUUGGGGUUGACAGCUAGGUUUGAGGUUUUCUCUUGUGUUUCCUUUAACACUGAUUAAGACUCCAGCAACUUAAGAAGCUUGUCCUCGGUGAGCAAAAAAAAAUCAAAAGCUGUAAAUUCGUGGUUUCCAUUUCUCUUCAGCAUUUACCUCUGAGGUUUCUUCCCUAUUUCUGCUCAGAGUGGUUCUGCUUUGAGCUUUGUCCCAACACUUGUUUCUUAUCUGCCUGGAACAGACUGUAUUGGUGGGAGAUACCGAUCUUGGUUGACUUUCUGUACCAGAACUUAAAUGUUAUUUUCUAUUCUGACAUAAAAGAGCCAAGCGGCUUGGUGUGUCUUAA